UGAUAUGGAUAGCGUUUCCUCAGCCUCUUCUCUGCUGUCCCUUGCUAAACUGCUUUGUGAUGCUCCAAAGGAUGAUGAUGACGACGAUGAAGAUGUGCAGCACUCUUCUGUUAAUGCCAUGACUCCUGGUACUAUUGGACCAGUAAAGAAAGAGAGCACUGGUACUUCUCAGGUGAAAUCUGAAAACAGUAAAACUAUUUGGAAUACAGAGGAGGUCCCAGAAGGAUCUGAAUAUGAUGAUACCUGGGACCCUAGAGAACAGCCAGAGUAUGAGAUUUUAUUCAAACAAUGUGUGGGAACAGAGGAUGUCUUCUUUGGGAUGAGCAGGAAAGACCACUCCACGGCCUGCUGUGAAGAUAUAGUGAUUAAAAUCAAACUGCCAGAGACAAAGAACUCGGACAUCACAUUAGAUAUUCAGGACAAGGUUCUUGACCUCCGAACUCCCAAAAAGAAGCUGCUGCUGCACCUCCCCUACAGUGUAGACAGCAGGAAUGGGAAAGCUCGUUUUCUCUCUGAAGAGGAGACCUUGGAAGUCACCUUGAGAGUAUUGAGGGAGUUUGAUUUCAUCAAUUUUGGUUGA